CCUCCUCACCAUUCACCAGGCUCCACUGCACUGGCUCAUUCCUGCCUCAGUUGUGCUUCUUUUCCCUGGAAAGCUCUUCCCCUAGAUCUUCAAGGGAUGAUUUCCUUCUCAACAUUCAGGUGUCAGCUCGUGUCACUUUCCUGACCACCCCCAUCUACUCAGAGAUCACUCAAAAUCCCAUUACCCUAUUAUAUUUCUCUAUCAUAUGUUUCACUAUCUGAAACUAUCUUGUUGUUGAUGCAGGCUAUUUUCUUGACCCCUUCACGGGACUCACAACAGGGGUGCCCCAUUUACUCAGCCUGCCCCGCUCAACCUCUUGGAGGAGGGAGCACACGAGUGAAUGAGUGCAGGAACUAGCUGGCUGCUUUAGUGCUGUCAGGAGCAAACUCCAUGCAGGCCCUGCAGCAGCAUCCAGUUUUUCCAGAUUUGCUCAAAGCGAUCCCAGUAAGCAUCCACGUCAAUGUCAUUCUCUUCUCUGCCAUCCUUAUUGUGUUAACCAUGGUGGGGACAGCCUUCUUUAUGUACAAUGCUUUUGGAAAACCCUUUGAAACUCUGCAUGGUCCCCUAGGGUUGUACCUUUUGAGCUUCAUUUCAGGCUCCUGUGGCUGUCUUGUCAUGAUAUUGUUUGCCUCUGAAGUGAAAAUCCACCACCUCUCAGAAAAAAUUGCAAAUUAUAAAGAAGGGACUUAUGUCUACAAAACGCAGAGUGAAAAAUAUACCACCUCAUUCUGGCUGACUAAAGGCCACAGCUGAGCCUGGAACUGACCCUUCCUUCAUCCUCAACCUGCUGUCCUCCAGAAAGCACCAACGAAAAAGCAGAGAAUGACAGCAAACAGAUCACCAGGCCUCUGACCACAGAUGCUGGGUACUCAGCAGCCCUCAUAUAAUAGGUUUGAAAGUGCUCCUUAAAAUAAAACACCUUUUCCCUUUGGAACUAUUUACAAGGAUGAAACAACCGUAUACCUGAGAAAUAACUUACUCUGGUGUCAAUUUGCUCUUUGCCAGCAGACAUCAGAACACACUGAGUUUCCAGAUGCUGGUUUUCCCCUUUAAAUCAGGAAAUACACCUGGAGAAUUUCUAGAACACUACAAUUCAGUCUAGCCGCAAAGGGGAUUUUUUUUUUUUUUUUUUUUUUUUGGUAACAGGCUAGAGCCCAGUUCUGCAAGUCUUUAGCUGAAAUGGUCCAGUACAAAAGCACUGGAAAUGAGGAGUGGGCUGGGAGGACAAGGACCAUGUCCUGCGUGAAGAGUUGGCCGGAGGUGCCCAAGACCAGGUACCCUCUGCACUCUCACGGGAUCCCGCUCUGUCUUCUUGGAGUUUUGAAAAACUCCUUCGAACACCAGCCUUUUUUCUUUAGAAAGUAAGUCUCCAAUUGUUCUCUGUUCUGUAAAAAGAGAAAGAAAACCUGGAGCAGCUGCUGAAAAAUCUAAUGAGGACCUAAGAGGCAAACCCACCA